GGCGGCCGCCCGUCCCCGUCCCCGUCCCCGCGGACAGUCGCGGGCGGGGGGUCGUCCGAUUUCCACCCGCAGAGUGCCAAUAAUUUUGCAAGGAAGGGGAAGAGGAAAACACUGAAUGCUGGCGAUGUUAUUUCUGCCAUGGAAGAGAUGGAAUUCCAGCGAUUUGUAGGACCGCUAAAGGAAUCCUUGGAAGCUUACAGGAACGAGCAGAAGGGCAAAAGGGGAGCGUCAGAGCUCAAGAAAAAAGACAAAGAGAAGAAGGAAGAUUCUGAAGACCCUGACAAGAAUCGGGAAGAAGAAAAUGAGGAGGGAGAGAGGAUGGAGGAAGAGGAGGAGGAGGAGGAGGAGGAGGAGGAAGAGCAGCAGCAAAAUGAGGAGGAGCAGCAGCAGCAGCAGCAAAACGAGGAGGAGCAGGAGGAAGUGGAGAGCUGAGUUGCCGGAGAGGGGGGGAGUUGAGGGGAGAAAGCAAAUGGCUGAGCCUAGGUGGACUUUGCAAACAGAAGGAAACACAAUUGCCUCCUUUUCUGCUGAAAACAGCUCAGCUGGUUCUGGGGGCACCUCAGUGAAACUGUCAGGCUGCCACUCCUGGCUGCCUUCUCUCCCCAGCUGGAAGGAAUGGCUUAUGGCACUGUAAAGUCCCCACUGCCCCUCGCGGCUCCUUUUUGAGAAUGUAAAUGCUGUUUGGAAAGGGCACUGUUUAUCUUUGGUUGUGGUGCUGGUGAUUUCUCUGACUUAGGCUUAAAAGAGGUAGACUUCCUCCACACUCUGGAUGUGUUUUUCUUCACCACCCAGUUGAACAGGGUUUAAUUAAAAGUCAUACCUGCAAAA